AUGUGCGGAUGGCGUACCACCGGGAGAAGAUUAAUCAUCCAAUCACUCCGAAUCCUUGCUUUUCUUCUUGCCUUCAGCUUAUUUUGCUUCGUUAUCGAAAGUGGUCUUUUAGCUUGGCUUAUACAAAAUGCUUUAAAUAUUUCUGGGCAAGACAACGAGGAGCAGAUGUUAGAUAAGUACAAACUAACAGCACAUAGACAUAUCCAGUGGUUAGCAGAUAGUAGUGAACCAAAUAUGAAUUCAGUAAACGAUAGCUUUGUGAGCGAUGAAGGAACGGCUUGCCGUAAUACAGUACAAGGAAGGACUUCUGUUACUGAUGACAGAGGUUACACAUGUGAAAGAGCUUACCUGUUGUCGAAUGGUUGCUGCGAAGUGGGCACUCAGUCAGUACGCUUUAGCUGUGUUUGGUGUGACCUUUGUACCGGUUGUUGCUCUCACUAUGAGCAGUGCGUUUCUUGUUGUUUGAGACCAGAUCAGAAAAAUAUAUUGCUAGAAGUCAUAGAGUCAACGUCUGGACAUCGAUUACGACAGAUACUUUCUGCGACAAAUCAGUUCGAGCUUUGCAUGCUGAAAUGUCGCACAUCUUCGAAUAGCGUACAUUCGGAAAACAAAUACAAAAGCGAGAAGAUGAAAUAUUGUUACAAGCAGGAGCCGAAACGUCCUUUUUCACGAUAA